UUUAUGUAGGGCUUUUCAUGGAAGAAGAGAAGGCGGCAGCACCGAAUUCGUAUCUGUGGUGCCCUCGCGUGCAUUUCGAUCCUCCGCCGCAGAGGCUCUAUCACUUGCAUCGCCAGUUCCGACUGGAUGGCAGCGGCAACAAUUUCUUCAAGGGUGUCAAGUGGUCUCCUGAUGGCUCGUGCUUUCUGACGUGCAACGAGGACAAGAGGCUCAGGAUUUUCGAUCUGCCGUCAAACGCUCUGGAAGUCGAAGCAUUGGAUGAUCUUGCUGCCAAGACGGAUCCACUUGUCUCAUCAUUGACGGUGUCGGAAGGAGAGACUGUGUACGAUUUUUGCUGGUAUCCUCACAUGGUCGCCACAGAUCUGUCAACUUGUGUUUUCGCGACUACAACUCGGGAUCAUCCAGUUCAUCUGUGGGACGCUGCUACUGGUAAUCUCCGCUGCAGCUAUAGAGCUUACAAUGCCAUGGAUGAAGUUACAGCAGCAUUGUCAGUCGCUUUUAAUCCUUCGGGUAACAGGCUCUUUUGUGGAUACAACAAAAAGAUCAGAAUUUUCGAUACCUCAACUCCCGGUCGUCACUGCGAAGAGCACUCUACACUCACGAGUUCCAAAGAAGGCAUUACAGGAAUUGUGUCGUGCCUAGCUUUUAGCGGACACCAGACAAAUCUUCUUGCGGCUGGUUCUUACGAUCGAACCAUAGCAGUGUACAACGAAGGUAACAUGGAGCUUCUAUAUGUGCUGCAAGGACACGAAGGAGGCCUGACUCAAGUUCAGUUCUCCAAGGACGGCAACUAUCUCUACAGCGGGGCUCGAAAGGAUCCAUCGAUAUGCUGCUGGGACGUUCGGUAUACAACGAGUUUAGUGUACAAACUUGAAAGAGCUGUUACUAACACGAACCAGAGGAUAGCGUUUGACAUUGAACCAUAUGCUCAACACCUCGGCACAGGAGGCGAGGGCGGUGAUAUUCGUUUCUAUGAUCUUCGAACUGGUGAAUUCACUGCCAGUAUUCACGCAGCCUCAGAUACCAUCAAUGGGUUUUCCUUCCAUCCCACACUUCCCCUGGCUGCUUCAACUUCUGGCGCUCGGAGGUUUAGUACUAGCGAGGACAAAGACGAUGACGAAGAGCCACCGCAGAUUCUAACAGAGCUGGAGAACUGUGUGUCGGUGUGGAGAUUCUCCUGUUCAUGGGAAGAAAUAAAGUACGAGGACGCAGUAAAGGUUGACGAAGAAACCCAAGAACAAAUGAACACCAUUGUAACCUAGAACGAAGCGAUUGAAGUCCAAUGACCGUUACGAAAGCUUGUGACACGUUCAGCCUUCCCAGCUUCGAAUCGAUGGCCUUCUGCCGGCUCUUUGUGAACACCACCUGACAAGAAAAAGAACAGUAUGGUUCCCUCCUCAAGAAGAUUGCCUUCGAACAGGAAGAAGACGCAGCAAGAGCUACCUCCUGCGCGCGCUUGCGAUUGAGCUCAUUUGCCGCUUAUCUAAGCAUGAGAGGAUAAUUUGCAUCUGGCA